CUGUAGGAAUAGGGUGAGGAUUCCUUUGGUGAUGAAUGCUGUUUGGGCCAGAUAAAUAUGGUGAGUGCUGAGAGAAAGGGGCAGGGUUAUACUCUCCCUCUGAGACCCACAGAGAUUCCAUCCAGCCUUACUUCCCUUUUCUCUCAGACCAUUCUGUGAUGAGCAGAGGGAGAUCUUCCUAUGUCUGCCUGCUUCUGCAGAGGGAGAAGUUUAUCUCCAAGGUGGCUGCAAUGCAAAGUAUUUAAGAACAUGAGAUUUGGCUUCAGAGCCCCAGUUUGUCACUUACGAUCUUCUUUGUGCAAUUGUGAGAGUGACUUAAUCUUGCUGAGCUUUGUACAACUCAUCCGUGAAGUGUGGCUAAUAAAAACAUAUACUUCACAUAUUUGUGAGUAUUCAGUUAGAUGCUGCAUCGUAUAGUGCUUAUGGACCAAUAAAUGGCAAGUCUCAUUGCCUGUGUGUUAGCUGAGGAUGUAGAAGCCAGGGAAAGUGGACCUUAGCAGAUAUGUAGCAAGAAGGAAAGUAAUCUGGAACUCAUCUUUCUAACCAGUACUUGUCACUUUGCUUUUGUCUCCUAAUCUUCCUGCCAGAUUAUUUUCCUUUCCCAGGUGCAUUGAAGAGUAGGGAAGAGAUGGGGCUGAUUUAGAAGGGAAGGUCUAAGCACCUGAAACUUUAGACACAAGUGAAUUGGACAUGAUUAUAUCAGUGAGGGCCACAUGUAUCACCUUUCUACAUAUUUCUUAUCUCUCUCUGUCUUUUUUCUUCUUUCCAGAAGGAGUAGUGACAUGGACAGAAGCAACCAGUCUAGUGUCUCUGAAUUCCUCCUCUUGGGGCUCUCUGAGAAGCUAGACCAGCAGCCUCUCCUAUUUGGCAUCUUUCUGGCCAUGUACCUGGUCACUGUUGUGGGCAACAUGCUCAUCAUCCUGGCCAUCAGAUUUGAUCUGCACCUCCACACCCCCAUGUACUUCUUCCUGUCCAACCUCUCUUUUGCUGAUGCCUGCUUUUCCACCACCACGGUCCCCAAGAUGCUGGUGAACAUCCAGACACAUAGUCAGACCAUACCCUAUGGGGAGUGCUUAGCCCAGAUGCAUUUUUUCAUGACAUUUGGGGCUCUGGAUGACUUCCUUUUAGGGGUGAUGGCCUAUGACCGCUUUGUGGCCAUCUGCAGGCCUCUUCACUACCCUACAGUCAUGAGUCCUCUUGUGUGUGUGCUCCUUCUUGCAGCAUGCUGGAUUUUCACUAACCUUGCUGCCCUCUUACACACCCUGCUCAUGGCUAGGCUAUCUUUUUGUGCAAGCAACACCAUCCAUCACUUCUUCUGUGAUAUACUCCCUCUGCUACAGCUCUCCUGCUCAGAAACCAGCACCAACCAGAUAGCCCUGUUCCUUGUGUGCUCCAUGAUACUCACUGGUCCUCUUUCACUGAUCAUCCUGUCAUAUGCACGUAUCAUCACCACCAUCCUCAGGGUCCCAUCUGCCUCUGGCAGACAAAAGGCCUUCUCCACUUGUGGGUCUCACCUAACUGUUGUCUUUUUGUUUUAUGGCACAGCAAUUGGUGUCUAUUUGUACCCCCCUUCCUCACACUUAGGGGAGAAAGAAAAGGUUGCAGCUGUAUUUUACACAGUGGUGACCCCCAUGUUGAACCCCUUCGUUUAUAGCCUCAGAAACAGUGACAUGAAAACUGCACUGAGAGGGCUUUUUGGAAUUAACACACUCUCUUCUCAGGGACUUUAA